CUUUCAUGAUCAACGAAAUUCUAGAACUUGCGGUCAGGAUGCUGAUUCCUAGCAAAAAUAGAAAGGCAAUCUACGAAUACCUUUUCAACGAGGGAGUCGCCGUCGCUAAGAAGGACUUCAACCUUAAGCAACACCCAAAUAUCCCUGGUGUUACUAAUCUUGAAGUAAUUAAGGCUUUGAAGAGUCUCGCCUCUCGCGAACUUGUCAAAGAGCAAUUUGCGUGGCGACAUUAUUAUUGGUACCUGACUGAUGAGGGUAUCGCUCAUUUGAGGGAGGUUUUGAACCUGCCUGCUGAGAUUGUUCCCUCUACUGUGAAGAGCAAGCCAAGAGAAGUCCGCGCUGCUGCAAUUGAACGCAUCCCACGUCCAGCACCCGGUAAGGAAGGAGAUCGCGACGCCUACAGAAUCGCCGAGAAGGUCACAGAAGCCGGACCUGGAUCAGCGAUGCCCUACCGUGCCGGAUUUGGAAGAGGAGCUCCGCCACCACAGUAA